AUGAACCUUCGGGAUGCAGAAACAGGGAAAAUCCUCUGGCAAGGAACAGAUGAUCUGUCUGUACCUGGAGUGGAACAUGAAGCUCGAGUUCCUAAAAAAAUCCUGAAAUGCAAAGCAGUGUCUCGGGAGUUAAACUUUUCCUCAGCAGAACAAAUGGAAAAAUUCCGUCUGGAACAGAAAGUUUAUUUCAAAGGGCAGUGUCUAGAAGAAUGGUUCUUUGAAUUUGGUUUUGUGAUUCCUAACUCCACAAACACUUGGCAGUCCUUGAUAGAGGCAGCACCUGAAUCACAGAUGAUGCCAGCUAACGUUUUAACUGGUAACGUUAUUAUAGAAACCAAAUUCUAUGAUGACGAUCUUCUCGUAAGCACUUCCAGAGUGAGACUUUUCUACGUUUGAGAUGGGGCUUUUUGGAGCUGUUUUAGUUUUCCUCCAUACAGUUCUUGGUGCAGAACCCCCCGACUAUCCAGUGGAAGACACUCCUGUAGGCAGUGACCCUGGGGACCAGCUCAGCGUGGGUUGUGACCUUUGCCUAUCAGUUAUUUUGCUUUCUUCUCUGACAAGACCAGACCAAAUCCUCAGAGACGAGGCCAUCUGCUCAGUGAUGCCCUCAGGAAGAGAGGCUGUCUCUGAACACAGGCAAACAAUGGUCAUGCAGAACCAAUACUGUAAAUUUAUUUUAGUCUCAUCCUUUCUACUUCUCUGGACCCUGGUAUAAUCGCCCAUUUGCAUUCAUACCAAACUCUCAAUGCUUUUGUUUUGGGGUUAACCUUUUCAUUUUUCUCAUGUUGUAGAUUUUUAUCCUUUCGCUGGAUUUCUGUGUAACUGGUCCACACAUCCUCUUACCCCAAACUUGUAAAAUAGACUGUGAUAUCACCUAAUGUAAUUAAAACAAAUUUCUCAAUUAAAACAUUCCUGCCGUCCAAAGAAGGGAAGAAAUUUUAUUUUUUGUGUGUUUUCCUUUCUGUUACAAAAAUGUACCUCAGCAGGCACAACUCCCAUCACCCAAGCCAGCAGCACAACAGGGCUUUCUACUUCCCUGCCCCUUCCACAACCCCCUCCUCUGUUAAACUUCUCUUCCUCCCACUGGCUACAUCAGAAAGGCGUCCUGACUUCCCUGACCAAGACCUCCUUGGCCUCCCCUCUGUUAAUCCCUUGGAGCCAGUUGUCCCUUUGUCACCAGUUUCUCGAGCAGCACUGCACACUUUUCUGCUUUUCCAAGUGCCUUGGGGACACUCAAGCCCCUCUGGAAAACCCGUGUUCCCCUGAGCCCACCAGCAUCACUCCCGUACUGGGCUGGGCUCCAACACUCCCCACAUGUGGACACUCCCAUAACACACUACAGCUCAUGACUCACUUGUUCUGUGACAGAUUUCUCCAGCCCUCCUGCCACUUUUCCCUGCUGUUUGUCAUCAGCUCUAGCACAUGGACAUUGUGGGAAGGGGUAUGUCCAGCUUCUGCUCCUGAACAUCACAGGCAGCUGUGUAAUCACUUGAUGUCUUGGUCAGCUUGUCCUGUUGCUGGACUUGAGAUCCUCAGAGCCACGGGGAAAUGAAAGGCAUCAUCUCACAUCCUGUAUUCAGCCACUGAGUACAUGGGUUAGGGAUACAGAGUAGAUAUUUGUUAGGAGGGGUUGAAGUUGGACCAUUAAUCCUCAUUAGCUAUGGCAGCAACUUUCUCACCAGACCGCUCUGAUGGAUCCCAGCCUGGGACACCCACAGGGCAGAAUUGUGUCAGCAGUGUGACCCAUCCUAGGGUCCUUCAAACAGAGACAUCAGCCAAAACUGAACCCAGCAGGAAUGUAAUCCACCUGUGUCCAAGAAGGGACACAAAGGUAUCCAAAAAGGAAAAAUAAAAAAGGCUGA